AUGAACGGUGCGCCGUACCAACAGCAGAAAACUUCGUUUGUCAGUGGAGCGAGCGAUUCGGAGCACGAGUGUCUAGGUUCGACGGAGCUGCAAGCCGACGACGAAGAAUCCGACGAAGACCGCUUAUUUGUGAUUCCAGUGAUCCGAAAGCAGUCUUCCAGUGAGUCAUUGUUUCCUCGAAAGAUAAUCAUCUGGCCUUAGGAAGUGCACUCAUCAGAACAACCAGUUUCAACCAUAAACAGUACCGAAGUCUGAAAGAGAUGAUUAUCGACAUUAAACAAGACCCGGUGAAAGUGAGUGAAAACUCAUCCUUUACGGCCUCUUUAAUCUUUAAUUGCAGAGUAGCACAAAUUGUUUGAAUGGGCUUGAGAAUGGAUCAAAUCAUUCGGAUCGUAAAGUCACUUUCACUUUGGAAAACGAUUUCGAAUUUCCAAAGUUUCGGAAGAACAGGUCGCUAUGGCUGCGGAUGGAAUUGGCAAAACUGAGUAAUAAUAACAAGAAGUAGUAAUGAGAAUCGAAACGAAAACUGUUUGAAGAGGCUAAACUGAUAUCAUUAUCUAACUUGCUGUCGGAUUGGAUGUUUCUUGCAUUGCUCGGUAUUGCAGUCGCAUUCAUUUCAAUUGCAGUCGAUAUGAUGGUUUUCUUUUUUCAAGAACGUAAUAGCCCCGUCUCUUAAUUGUACUCACAGUUCUUCUACAGUUCAACGAAAGACGGUGACAAUCUAUCAUUUAUACGGUUCAGAUCAGUCAUUUUUUCUGUGGGGGUGUGGGUUGCUCGGAUGGUGCAGUUACACUAUCGGCCUGGUCGCGGCUUCAGCCACCUUGGUCCAUUACAUUGCUCCACAGGCUAUUGGUCUCAAAAAUUUCUAAUUAUUUUCUGUAAAUAGAUAAAGUUGCAGGAUCCGGAAUACCUGAAAUGAAAACGAUUAUUCGAGGAGUGAUUCUGGUGGAUUAUCUUACAUUUCGAACGCUAGUCUCCAAAAUAUUUGGUAUCGCUAUGGCAUUGGGAAGUGGAGUUCCUAUCGGAAAAAUGGUAUUGCUAUUUUGUGUUGAUUAUUUGAUAGAACUAAUAAUUUGAGGGUCCGUUCGUGCACAUUGCGUCCGUGGUGGCCAACCAAAUGUGCCUUCUAGCAGCAAAAUUCAAUUCUGCGUAUCGUGAGGAGAGCAGAAGAAUGGAAUGUUUAGCUGCUGCAUGUGCGGUCGGAGUCGCUUGCACUUUCAGUUCUCCCGUUGGAGGCGUGCUCUUUUCCAUUGAAGUAACGACCAUGUACUUUUCCGUGAGGAGCUACUGGCGAGGUUUUUUCGCUGCUUGUUGCGGAGCCACCACUAUCCGUAUAUUGAGAGGAUACGUAGCAGAAACUGAAGGUUUCAGUAGGAAUUUUGAAAUUUGAAACACUUGGAACUUUGCAGUCACUGUCAAUGCAUUCUACCAAACAAGUUUCCGUCCGGAUUCAUUUUCCGUCAACGAACUCCCGCUUUUUGCGUUGCUCGGUCUUUUCUGCGGGAUUUUAGGCGCUGGUUACAUAUCAAUUUAUAGAACAAUUGUUCUUUUUCUCAGAAAUAACCGAUUUGCAAAGAUGAUUUUCCAAAGACAGUAAGAUUUUAUUCAUAAAAGUAAUCAGAAGUUAAUCGAUAAUGAAAAGUUCAGUUGGAUCGUCUACCCAAUCGUCAUUUCCUGUAUCUUUUCAGUUGUUUCAUACCCGCAUGGUCUUGGAAUGUUUUUCACCGGGAGGGUAAGCAAAAAUGGAAAGUUACGGGAAAUCAUCAAGUCCUAUUAGAUAAAAUUUGGUUUAAAUCUUCGCGAUUUCUUUGCAAACUGUUCGUUCUUGGCAAAAACCAGUGACGACCUAGUUUGUGGAGCCGAAAUCUAUUCGCACUGGCUGAAUAGAGGAAACAUUAUGCUACUCUUGUUCCUAUUUGUUAUUGUUCACGUGAGUUCAACGGGUUUGAUCACUUGUAAACCUAUUUUCUAUUCAGUUCAUCUUUUCGAUUAUCAGUUUCACUCUUCCCGUUCCAACCGGAGUUUUCCUACCGGUUUUCGUGCUAGGCGCCGCUAUUGGUCGACUGUAUGGAGAGGUACUGGGAAAUUCAUGAGAAGAAAACAUUAAAAGUAUAAUGUUCAGAUUCUUGGUUUGGCGUUUGAAGGUACCUAUGAAUUUGUGCCAGGAAUCUACGCAGUUGUCGGUGCCGCUGCAUUCUCCGCUUCAGUAACUCACACCGUCUCGGUUUCCGUUAUGAUUUUUGAAAUCACCGGUCAACUUCACUUUAUCUUGCCCGUUAUGGUAAUGCUAUACUGGUUUUCUACAAAAAUAAAAAGAGAUUCAGAUAUCUGUGAUGCUGUCGAAUGCAGUUUGUGCCUACCUUCAGCCCUCAUUCUUUGACACCAUCAUCAAAAUCAAGCAUCUGCCUUUCCUUCCAGACAUUCCACCUUCCAAUAAUCUGUUCGUACAAAAACUCAUGAUCCGAACAUUCAGUAUUCUUCACAGAGUUCACACUACUUAUGCAGAACACAUGAUGGUGACCCCUGUGAAAUUCAUCACCAAGGUCACAACAUACAACAAUAUUCGUGACAUGGUUGAGACCGGUCUACGUCUGUUUCCUGUAGUUGACUCGCAAAGUGAGUCAGAACACGGAAGAGAGCUACAAAACCGAACAUUCAGACUCUCAAAUGCUGAUAGGAACUGUAUCGAGAAGAUACUUGACGAUAUUGUUGAAUGCAAAAAUCGGAGACCAGCCUCGAAAAAUAGAAGCAGAGAAAAGAGUGAGAAUGGCCAUCGAAACCAUUGAUAAUCACUUCAAAGAUUCUGAGAAAGAGGUGUGGUCGUUUGCACUCUGUUUUAUGGUCAGAUUGUCCGUAUUCUAGUUAUCAGAAGAUAAAAGGAGAGUGCAUUCGGAGACGGAUUUCAGUACAAUGCAGAGAAAGCAAUCGGAUAUUGUAGCUGCACUUGCUUCUGAAGUCAUCGAGCCGACGAAACCGCCAGAACAGAAAAAGUGAAUACUUGAAAUGUCCGUUCCUAUAAUUCAUGCGCAGUUUCUAGCCGUUUCCUUGUUGUGCCGUUGCCUGACGUGAGGGAACCUAAAAUUUUCUUCCCUCCAGUCCACAUGUCACCAUCAGCACCUGUGGAAAAUACGUUGAAACGACGGAAUUCAACAUCAAGACGAAAUGCGUUGUUCAGUUUACAAGACAUGGAUGCGAAAUCCGCCAAAGGUUUGUUGUGUAAAUGUGUAUCAAUCUAAAAAAAUAUAUUUCGAGCUUUAGAUUUUCUUGACGAUCAUGGAAUCGAGCACAAAACAAUUCAUGGAAGUCCGAGUGAACAUCACACAAUCAUUAAAAGUGUGCAUUAUAUUCUGAAUGAUAACGGAUCUAGCGUUUGCAGGUUACAUGAAACAAGCAAAGAAAUAUCUGAAUCACAUGCAGUUUGGAAACUAUAAGAAAGGAUCGCAGGAGAGUAACCCAUACGAUUUAUCAGCGGAAGAGGUAAUAUCCAUUGAAAAUCGUCGGAGUGUUACUGAAUCUUUCAAUUUCAGAAAAAAGCAUGGGAAGAAGAGCAAUUGGCUAUGCAGAUUGACCUCACUGAAAACGACAUCGACCCUGCUCCAAUUCAACUGGUCAAACAAACAUCUCUCUACAAAAUCCAUUCCAUUUUCUCAAUGCUUCAACUAAGCAAGGCGUAUGUCACUGAUUGCGGUAGGCUGAUUGGAGUUGUCGCUUUGGCAGAUGUAUGUUUCUCUGAUUCUCUUUAAGGAAACGAGAUUACUGCAAUGUUUUAGUUGCGAAAAGCUCUGGAGCACACGGAAGAGGUGAUCAAAACGGAAAAGAAGAACAGCUCAUGUGCACCUGUGCCCUCUUUGAUCAUGCAACAUCAAUUGCAAGAAGUAUCCACAAACAUCUUCGAUAUCUUGACGCCACCAUUAGAAGUCGCCCGUGGAACGACUCUGGAGAUAAACACCGCCGUACCGGAAACAGUUUCCUGCCCGAAAGAAGUAGACCCUCCGCCAGUAUUUGAACCUCGCUCAUCCCUCCGUCGCCGACAACCACGAGCGAUCAACUUUGGCAUGGAGCCCAGAAAAAGGUUGGAGUGAUUGAGAGCUUCUUGCUCUUUUUUAUGACCCUCCGUGCGUAUGUAAGUACAUUUUGCAAAAAGAAUGGAUUAUGAAAAGAACCAGCGGGUUAAAAGAUUAUAUGGAGACAAAAAAUUAUUAUUGCUUUUGAGCAACGGGUUAGAAUCGUAUAGUCGGGGGCGAAAUGAUUGAUGCGUUUGCUUGUUGCAGGUCUGGAUCAGCGUACGGCCAACGACCCGAAGAAUUUGUGGAGGCUGUUGCUUAUCUGCGGCGGAAGUCGCACGCAUUCGUGUCGCCACGUGUUCACGAGGAGAACGGAGAGAGUUCGUCGACAGAAUAA